CUGCUCGCUCUGUAUGUUCCGUACUGCUGUUCGUGGUGCUCCGAAAUUACAGUCAGUCCGUGCACGCUUUCGCUGAUUUUCGGUUGUUGAUGCGAUCGUAAAUCUCGGCGUUUCUUUAUUUUGCGUGAAAAACCCUCGAGCGAGUCGAUUGACAUUAAUUAAGGACCAUGUCAAAGCGAAGAAUUGAAGUCGUUGACCCAUACGUCAAGCGCAGAGCUGAUGGUUCAAAUGUGGCGACACCAGCCAGUACUGCAGCUGCGGCUGCUGCUGCACCAGUGGCCACCAAGAGCAAUGUUCAAUUGAAUCCCUACACAGGAUUACCUUACACACCUCGGUACCAUGAGCUUUACAAAAAGAGAAUUGGAUUGCCAGUUUUUGAGUACAGAGCAGAUUUCAUGCGUCUCUUGGCACAACAUCAGUGCAUUGUACUCGUCGGUGAAACUGGAUCUGGAAAAACAACUCAAAUACCACAGUGGUGCGUAGAGUAUUCAAAGAGUACUGGCAAAAAAGCUGUGGCAUGUACGUGCCCCAGAAGAGUAGCAGCCAUGAGCGUAGCUCAGAGAGUGUCAGAAGAAAUGGAUGUUGCGCUUGGUCAGGAAGUUGGUUACAGUAUACGUUUCGAGGAUUGCAGUUCUCAAAAAACAAUUCUUAAAUACAUGACAGACGGUAUGUUACUUCGAGAGGGUAUGUCUGACCCUAUGCUUGAGUCAUACCAAGUUAUUUUACUUGAUGAAGCUCACGAACGUACCCUUGCCACUGAUUUACUGAUGGGUGUCUUAAAAGAAGUCAUCAAACAGCGAUCUGACCUCAAACUAGUUAUUAUGAGUGCCACCCUUGAUGCAGGAAAGUUCCAGCAUUACUUUGACAAUGCACCUUUGAUGAACGUACCUGGUCGUACACAUCCAGUAGAAAUUUUCUACACUCCUGAACCAGAGCGUGAUUAUCUUGAGGCUGCUAUUCGAACAGUUGUUCAAAUUCAUAUGUGUGAAGAGGUGCCUGGAGAUUUACUACUUUUCCUCACUGGUCAAGAAGAAAUUGAAGAGGCCUGCAAGCGCAUCAAGCGUGAAAUGGACAGUUUAGGUCCAGAAGUAGGAGAGCUAAAAUGUAUACCUCUGUAUUCCACCUUACCACCGAAUUUGCAGCAACGUAUUUUUGAGCCAGCACCACCUACGAAACCUAACGGUGGUAUCGGGCGUAAAGUGGUCGUUUCCACAAACAUUGCGGAAACUUCAUUGACCAUCGAUGGUGUCGUGUUCGUGAUAGAUCCUGGUUUUGCCAAACAGAAGGUUUACAAUCCAAGAAUCAGAGUCGAAUCUUUACUCGUAUCUCCGAUCAGUAAAGCUUCGGCGCAACAGAGAGCCGGACGUGCCGGUAGAACGAGGCCUGGAAAAUGUUUCAGGCUGUAUACAGAGAAAGCCUACAAAAAUGAAAUGCAAGAGAAUACAUAUCCUGAAAUUUUGCGAUCAAAUCUUGGCAGCGUUGUUUUGCAGUUGAAAAAACUUGGAAUUGACGAUUUGGUACAUUUUGAUUUUAUGGACCCACCCGCUCCAGAAACUCUCAUGAGAGCUCUAGAACUUUUAAAUUAUCUCGCCGCUCUAGAUGACGACGGCAACCUAACCGACUUGGGCGCGGUCAUGGCCGAGUUCCCUCUAGAUCCUCAAUUAGCCAAAAUGUUGAUAGCAUCGUGCAAUCAUAAUUGCAGCAAUGAAAUCCUCAGCAUAACUGCUAUGCUGUCAGUUCCACAAUGCUUUGUUCGUCCGAACGAAGCUAAGAAAGCAGCAGAUGAAGCAAAGAUGCGAUUUGCUCAUAUUGAUGGAGACCACCUGACCCUCUUGAACGUGUAUCACGCUUUCAAACAGAAUCAAGAUGAUCCUCAGUGGUGCUACGAUAACUUCGUUAACUACAGAUCAUUAAAAAGCGGAGACAAUGUUAGGCAACAAUUGAGUAGAAUUAUGGAUCGUUUCCAAUUGAAACGCACAUCCACAGACUUUACGUCGAAAGACUACUAUGUCAAUAUCAGAAAAGCUCUCGUCAAUGGAUUCUUCAUGCAGGUAGCGCAUUUGGAAAGAACCGGACAUUAUUUAACGAUCAAGGAUAAUCAAAUUGUACAGCUUCAUCCUAGCAGUUGCCUAGAUCACAAACCUGAAUGGGUUAUAUACAAUGAAUUUGUGCUGACGACGAAGAAUUAUAUCCGAACUGUGACAGAUAUUAAACCUGAAUGGCUCUUAAAAAUAGCACCUCAAUAUUAUGAUCUGCAAAACUUCCCACAAUGUGAAGCUAAGAGGCAUCUAGAAGUUUUACAAACUAGAUUAGAUUCAAAACAAUAUAAAGAAGGUUUCUAAAUGCUUAGAAUUUUAUAAGUAUUUUAAAUUAUAAGAUUAAAACCUAUAUGCACAAGAUUUGAAGACAAUGUUUGUUUCAAAUAAAUGUUUUAAUUUGACAAAGUUUUUGAAUCAAAUAUUAUUUCAAAUCAUGAGUGAUUUAAGAGACUACCAACGAGGUUGAAAGCAUCAAAUCUUUUGAAAUACUUACCACCAAAUUUUACAGCUCAUUUAUUGAAAAGAAAAUUUUUAUUUACAAAUACAAGUUAAAAUUAGGCAUGUUUUGAUCUAAAUAAUGUAAACAAGAAUUUUACAAUUCGAGUUAGGAAGAAAUUUACAAUAAUUUUGGCAUGAUCAUUUGUGAUUAAAUUAUUUCUCUUUUAUAUUAAGAGACAAAUCA